AUGGCAAAUGACUUAAUAAUAAGAGGCAAAGAUAGAUUACAAGAAAUUAGUAUGAAAUUAGAGCAAAGUCAUUUGGUUUAUCUACAAACAGAUGACAGUCCUUUAAAAUUACAACAACGUCAUAAACUUGAAGGCUUUAUUAAAGAGUAUCUCUGUCUUGUUCCAAAUGAAAAUAAAUAUGUAUUUCAAGAAACUGCAGAUAUAUUACAUAGAUCAGCAGCCACAUUGCAAGAUUUUAGUGGAUAUAGAGCUACAACUGCCUGGAGUGCUAUUUCUUUGUAUGCUGCUAAUCUUUUAGCUCAGCCUUGGAGAAGAGAAUAUAGAACAUUAAGGACUUAUAGCGGAUAUUAUAAACAUGAGGUAGAAGCAAAUUUAAUAGGAGCAGAAUUAAUGUUUGAACAAAUGGGAUACAAACAUACAGGGUUAGGUGUGCUCACUUUGGAGGGUCCUAUUGAUCCUGAUAAAGUAUCUAGUGUAAGCAGAGAUGCAAUAGUUGCUUUUGUUGAAUGUCAGAUCUUGAAGCAAAUAUGGGAGAACGUUUCACAGAAUUAUAGCAUCUCAUGGUUAGAAGUAUUAGAAUUUCGGGAAAACCAUGUUGGUACACCAGAACAAGCAAUUAGAGCAUUAAAUUAUCGUUUCCUUGAGAAAGUCCAUCAAAACCGAACAAAAACGGAAAAUUACAGAGACUAUCAUUAUUCACAACCUAUCUGUGUAGAUGCAGCAUCACCGUCAGUUCCUUAUCACAUUAUGUCUCCCACUUAUAACAUGUCAAUGCCUAUUUGUCAAUCUGAAUACAGAUAUAUUGAAGAUACGAACUCAAUACCUGGAACUUAUAAAUACUUUCAACCAGUGGAUCAUGGCUUUAGUAAUCGAUCUAGUGCCUAUGGAUGUUUAGCACAUGGUAAUAAAUAUUUGAGCACAGUUAAUCCUUAUUAUACUACGAUGCCUGGAUAUACAAGAGUACCAACAGGUAGAUUAAUUGAGCUUGAUAUGCCGGUUUCGGUUGCAAAUUACGAUAAAUUACACAAUCGGAAAAUGUCCCAUCGAAUAUCAGAUUUGGAAGAAGUAGAUUUUUAUAGAAGACAAUCCAGUGAUGGAGAUCAUUACGAUUACGGAAAAAUUGAUAAAAAAUCCGCAAGAUCGGUUGGUGAAAGAAAUAGUGAUGACUCGUGGGAUUUCGUCUAUAGAAAUUUAGAAAGUUUAGGCUAUUCUAAGGAUCUUGGUGAUCGAGAAGAUAUUUUACAUAAACGGGAGUGUGAUUCUCGCUUGAAUAAACAAAAAUCAUUUAAACAAAAUGAUAAGGAUGAAAGAUUUAAUACACAUCGUUUUGAAAAAAGAAAAAGUGGAAGAAUCGAUACGAAUGAAAUUGAUUUGUCUAUGACAAAUGGUCGACAUCAUCAUGAUACAUUACCUCUUAAAAAAAAAUCUUUUUCUUUCGACCUAAUGGAUUCUAAUAGAUAUCACGAUGCAUCUUCAGAAAGUCAUUUAUCUCACCAUAAUAAAGAAAAAAGACACGGUAGUCAAACGCUUCCAAUUCAACGUUCUCAUCGGUCGUCCGAUCAAAUUGUAAAAAUUGCAGAUACGUUAAAGAACUUCGAACUUUCUCAUACGGAAAAAGAAGAUGAAACAGAAGAUAAAAGUAUGAAUUGGAAUUGUGCUACUUGCACAUAUCUGAAUUUUUCGUCGAAAGAAAUUUGCGAGAUGUGUGGAAAGUCUAGGCACAAAGGAAACGAGGAUAAACCAUUAGCAAGUGGUGGAAAAGAAUGUCCACGAUGUACAUUAGUAAAUGAGAAGAAUGUCUCAAUCUGUGAUGCUUGUGGUAUCAGUUUAAAAGAUUCACCUACUUAUAUUUAG